AUGUGGCUGGCGGGGCGGCUGGGGGGGGGCGCCAUGGUGCUGCUCCUGUUCCUGGCCGCCCAGGGGUUCUCAGCUUUCCAGCCCAUUAGUGCGUGCCUCGCCAUAGGGCCAUCUGCUCUCAUUGGCUACUUCUCCUACAAGGACAUCUACUGCCUCUUCUCCAAGUGCUGUCGCGGGGAGCAGCCGCUCAACGCCUCGGCUCUCAAGCUAGACUUGGAGGAGAAGUUGUUUGGGCAGCAUCUGGCCACGGAGGUGAUUCUCAAGGCACUGACUGGCUUCAGAAACAACAAAAAUCCCAAGAAACCACUGACGCUUUCUUUGCAUGGCUGGGCUGGCACAGGCAAGAAUUUUGUCAGCCAGAUUGUUGCUGAAAACCUUUACCCAAAAGGCCUGAAGAGUAACUUUGUACAUCUGUUUGUAUCAACACUGCACUUCCCUCAUGAACAGAAGAUAAAACUGUACCAGGACCAGCUGCAGAAGUGGAUUCGGAGCAAUGUGAGCAUGUGUGCAAGUUCUCUUUUCAUAUUUGAUGAGAUGGACAAAUUGCACCCCGGAGUCAUUGAUGCGAUCAAGCCGUUUCUGGACUACUAUGAGCAGGUGGAUGGAGUGUCCUACCGGAAGGCCAUAUUCAUCUUCCUCAGCAACGCAGGUGGGGACCUCAUAACCAAGAUGGCUCUUGACUUUUGGAGGGCAGGGAAAAAGAGAGAAGACAUUCAGCUCAAAGACCUGGAGCCUGUGCUGUCUGUUGGAGUCUUCAAUAACAAGCACAGUGGCCUAUGGCACAGCGGACUGAUCGACAGAAACCUCAUCGACUAUUUUGUCCCCUUCUUGCCCUUGGAGUACAGGCAUGUGAAAAUGUGUGUGCGGGCAGAAAUGAAGGCCCGAGGCUCCGCUGUUGAUGAAGAUGUUGUCACAAAAGUGGCCGAGGAAAUGACGUUUUUCCCCAAAGAUGAGAAAAUCUACUCAGACAAGGGCUGUAAGACGGUACAGUCAAAACUAGAUUUUCACUGA